GCCAUGUUGGUUUACGUCAUCAUCUUCGUGGCGGAUUCACUUGACGUCCUCUUUCGAGUUCAGUGUUGGAAUUUGACACAACAGUGGGACGUUGAAGAUUUAGAAUCUUCAGUUUACUUGGGGGCUGAAUUACAUUCCAGGAAAAAGGUGAUUCAUUUGUCAACUACAUUUAACUGAUUACUUUUAUUUGAAUGGCUCGCCUCGGGCUUGGGCGGGCGCAUGAAGGCCCAUAAACAAUUGACCGCAACGACCUCAGUAACAACCUACAAGCUAAUAUUCACGAUUUUCUGUUUUACAUACAGACUAUUCGGCAAAUAAUAAAGCCGCAGAGUAAUUCUGUGUUUUACAGUCCGCCUGAUAUUAAAGGUUUGUUAAUAUCUGUCUUAGUGAACAUGGCUUCAUUGACUUCAUUUUACGAGAUGCUGGAAUGCAGUACAAGUAACAAGAGCUCAAGUAUCUUUUGAUUUGCGUGGUUUUCGACGAAAUACUCAGGCAUGUCCGCCCCGGUAAGGAACUACAAUUAGUGUUAAUGUCUGGUUGACGAAGUUAGUUCCAAAUAUGUGUUACUACAAGCAAAUUCUAGAUUGUAGAGGUGCACGCAGCGCAGGUAGACGAAAUCGGCGCUUAGCUUAGUUGAGCCUAAGAUUAUCAGCAAGGUAGUGAGUUAGGCGAAGUAAUAGGGAAUCAUCAUGGUAGCAGGAACAAAUUUAACUAAGCAGGUGAGUGUUGGGUAUGUCUUUUAUCACGUUAACUUUACAAUUUUUCUUUUAAGGUUUAACAAAAUUCCAUUCUCUUACAAGCAUUUGUUUAUAUUUGUGUGCCUAGUUUACAAGUGUUCAUGUUACUCUAUUCUUGUCAUUCAUGAGAGUUUUAUGGAAUUUGAAAAAUGGCUACUUGGUUUAAUAUAAACUUUUGCCAAAUUGCAGAAACUAAACUUUUGAUCCAUCGCCGUUUCAAUAUUUAUGCUUGUGUACAAAGAGAAUGUUUACAGCCAUUUUGAAAAUUUUAUAUGUCUUGAGAAACACUUGAAUGUGUCGUCAGGAGUUUUGAGAAGAUUUGAAUGCUUUCUUUAUCAACAAGGGGCUCUUCAAAUAUGUUAUUAUUUCACUGUCUUACUAUGAAAUUGUGUUGUACUUGUCUAUAAUAAAUACAAUAUUUUUAUGGUUAACGUAGUAAUCAACCUUUAUUAACAAUCUUUUGUUACAUGCACUUACUUUUAAACAUGUUUUGAUACAUUUUUGGUGAUACCGUUUAUUGUAUAUACCUCCUUCAGACUGUUUUCGCGUUUUAAUGAGGUUAUUGUUUUUGUUGUCACGGUUUUUACUACUUUUUGUAAUAAUUAGCCCUAACUGAUGUUAGGAAACAUUGGACCCUUGGAAAAAGUUUUAUCAGAUUUAUGAAACUCCAAGUGACCAAGUCCAUUGUUGAGUUAGACCAGAAACAAAAGAAGUGCUGAGAUAAGCAUAGUGUUUCGAUAAAAUUCGUUAGCCAUUUUUCAUCUCAGCAGUGCACAAAGAAUAUUAUUACUUCAUAGUUUCUGCAUGUACCUAAUGGAGACGCAAAGAUAUCUUCCAUUCAAAAGUAUUAAUAAAAAAGAAGUCUACAACUCUCUCAGGGAUAUAAAAAACCAUUGAGGAGCGCAUUCAGCAGUUUUAUAAACCUAGGGGCAUUGUCUAGUGAUACACUGUGGGCUGGAUAGGAGUGGUCAUCUAUGAUAAGCUCUUGCAGUUCAAUACAUCAAACAAUCAAAUGUUGAUCGAAUUCAAUAUUUUUGAAACAAAAACUACUGGAGACAAGGGAUACGGGAUAGAGGUCCGUUUUAAAGAGAACUUAGAAAAUCUUCUGUUUUGAGUUAGUAAAAGUAAGGUUAUACCAGUGAUGGUAAAAUUGGCAAAAUAAAUGAUGCACUUCCAGGACAGUUAAACUAUCCAAGGUGAGGUUUCUUGGAAAGGGUGACAUGAAGACAGUGUCCUGUAUUUUAUAAGAGUAAAAAAAACGAAGGAUACUGAAAGAAAAGUUAUGCUGUAAAUUUUUAUAGUGAAACAAGUUCCAGCCAAUAAGAGCAAUGAACACAUGAGAAAUAUCCAAUCAUUUGACAUGAAAUUAGUAUGUGUAAUUAAAUGGUGACAAGUGAAAUUAGGGAAUAUCAGCAAUCUUACAUGUGUUUUGUCCAAAUUCUGAUGAUGGCGAGGGAAAUUAUUGAGAUUCUGACAAAACACAAUUGAAAUUAUUCCCUAAUUUCACGAAUAUCCCAGUUAAUUACCUACCAAUAUCAUGGGUCACUAAUUACACUCACAAUUGUAGGAUUUUGACGUUGCUAUCAAAUUGAUUCUGGAUCGAGAACUCCACGCAGUGAACACUUUCAAGCUUAAAUUGUAGCUUAAUUUCAUAAAUUUUCAGAUUUUUUUGACAAAAUACAUGAUAGAAUCCUUCUGGAUGCGCUAUUUCGUGUGUUUAGGGUCUUUUAAUGUCCUGAUAUCUUCAUAAUAUUUUAAAACUUUGCUGCCAUCUUGGCACUAAAAUGUAUAGAAGGUUGCCAUAGCAAUUUUGUAAUUUCAGAUGUGAAAUUACAAAUUAACACUGAAAUUUUGGGCCAGUUGUCACCCAUGAUUUUAAGACUUUUAUUCUUAUUUAUUUAUUUAUUUAUUUAUUUAUUUAAUCGCUUUCACCAUGAUUACAAUACUAAAAAAGACUAGGGGAAAAAAUACAUUUGAACAAGACACAAAAAUGAAGGGCUAACAAACAGUGUCCAUUGGGCAAGCAGCUCUCACAUUUCGCUUGCCCAGGGCCAUUUCUUGCUCAUCUUAGAUAAUGAUUUUAUUAGAGGAUGACUUACCUUGGACCCAUUUCUUGAAAGUCCCGGUAACUUUCCGGGCCCAAAAUCAUAUUUUCAAAUUGAAAAAUAAAGAAUAAGAGCACAGGUCCUGGAUAACAAACUGCUUCAUUUUGUUUCAUUAACACUGCUAGUUUCAUCAUGUUAGAUGCAAAACUAUUGAAACCUCUAUCUUGCAUGUAAACAACAACUGCUUUACAUGCCCAUUAAUUUUCGGGUCUUUCAAGAAACGGGCCCCUUGGCCCUGGUCCAUUGAGCAAGUGAGCUUUAAAAGUUACCUGCCCAGCAAGAAAAUCUACUUGUCCGAGACUACUGGACAGGACUUUUUUUGAGUCCUGAUGAAGUGGACCUUAAGGGUGAAUUCUAGAAGUAGCGCUGUCACCAUCACCCUCUUGUCCUACCACUUAAUCUACAAAGAUGUAGUAAUCUGGAACUAUUGUAAAGAUUUUCAAAAAUUAUAUUUGUGACUAGCUAGUAAAAAGUGUCACAAUAAAAAAAAUGAUGUAGGGGCUGAAGAACCCUUUGUGGGACCCUCCAGACAGACAGUUCUUUACUGGUGUAGAAGUGAGUUGAUUAAUUUGUUCUCUGUCAGUUGAGUUGUGUUUUUUUUUUCCUUAGGCUAUUCUUGCCAAAGCGUUGUUUGACAAUCUUGCUGAUGCUCCUGAUGAAUUAAGCUUCAGAAAAGGAGACAUUAUCACUGUGCUUGAGCAAGAUGUGGAUGGUCUGAUUGGCUGGUGGCUUUGCUCCUUGCAUGGCAGGCAAGGUAUUGCCCCAGGAAAUCGCAUGCAGCAGAUUAAGAGAAGAGUAGAUGAACACACCUCACCUGAACCAACAGUAUCAAGUGAGGUUUUCACCUUUGAAGAUAUUGAUUAUGAUGUUCCCAGGCCCCAGGAAGGACAAGAUUAUGCAGUACCAAGAGGUAUUAGGAGUCCUGACUAUGAUGUCCCAAAUGCUGAUAGCCAAGAGAGCAAUUUUGUUAAUGGUACUUCACCAGCUUUUGACCUCAGUAGUAAGCAACGUGAAACUGAAAAUAUUGUUGACAACUAUACUGCUUCUGCUGAAGUGUAUGAUGUACCUUCUGCACUUCUUGAAGAUGAUAUCCAGGGAGAUAUUUAUGACACUCCAUCAAAGUCAGCUGAUCAGGAACUACAAAAUCCUACUGUUCUCCCUAAAGUAUCCCCCAGUCCUUUUCAAGAAAAUUUGAGGGAAGAAAAUGACAAGAAACAACAAUCAGUCAUCUGUAAUGAACCUGACCUGUACUCUGAAAUCUAUGAUGUUCCUGUCAUAUCUGGUGAUGGGGAUAAAAUUGAUGGUAUUGACAAAAUAACAAAAGGAGUGAAUGUGUCACUUGAUGUUAAUGAAAAUCCUGGACUACAAGAGACCAAAAAGAGCCCUGCAAAAGCUGGCAAUGUUGUAGCACGUUUGUCCGGUAAUAGUAGUGAUGGUAAACGUCAGUCAUCUAGCAGCACAGAUAGUGUGAAGUUGAGUUCAGAGGAUGAUGACUAUGUCGACUAUCAAGACAUUUAUGGAGAUGGACGUGAACAAGAGGUCAAUGUGUAUGAUGUUCCAGUUCUGGUAGGUCUCAAUACCUGGGACUCCAACACAUAAGCCACACCUUUUUGUGCUUAAAUUUUGCUCAAACUUUAGGGUGUGGCUUAUCUGUGAGGAUGACUUAUGCAAAAGUCUGAUCGUUACAAAAACGAAACCCAAGUCAGUCCUCAAGGACAGAAAUACCAUGCUAUCUUCAACAAGUUGCAUGGUAAAUGGCAAAUUGUUUCUCUGCUAUUCAGGAAAUCCCUUUUUAGAUGAUUUUGUUGUCAAUAGACUUUUUCCAAUUUUCCCUACAAAUUUUGUUUCCUAGGAGUUUAGAAAAUCAGUAGGAUAUGAUCCACUUUCUUUUAGGCUUGUAGAAUUUUGAUUGUUUUGAUGAGAGGCCAUUGUUCGAGCAGGGCUUCUGAUAGGUCGUGGAGGAAAAGGUCAAAUUUCGCGAGAUUUUCAGGGACAAAUUUGCGCAAAAAAUGGUAGCCUGCGUGGCAGGCGCUAAAAAGGGGAGGGGGAGGGGGGAGGGAGCAAGGGAAAAGGGAAAGGAGCGCCUGCUCUAAGAGCCUAUGUUUUUGCAUAACGCCUACCAAUUUUCUAGUAAUCCGAGUACACUUACUGUCAAUCAAGUGUCGCUACACUCGCCAUUGCUGAAAAACAUUACACUCAUGGACUAAAGAAAUUCGCUUAGUUAUUCAGAUCCAGAAGGCACUUUGGAGAAAAUUGGAACCCUUAUUCAGCCGUAAUAAAGAAAGCUUUACGCUUCAAAAGAGGUCAAAGAAAUUGCGCUUGCAUCACAGGGCAAAUCCAGAAAACAAUAACUACAGUCAAUCAAUAUGUAUGUGAUGACCUCUCAGUGUGAAACAUGCGGCUAAAAUAACAUUUGCUCAGUAUAAAUGCAGAACCUUCCAGAGCAUAAUCUACCCAGCAGAUAAAAACAACUUUAUUGGAAUAAGCAGCAUUUUGGCAUGAGGUAAAACCACCCUCUUUUAUUGCUAAGUUUCAUUGGCGAAUGUCAUUGUUCGAUAAAUUGGCUAAAUCUUUCGCUGGGUAGCCCAACAAUUCCAUCUCCUGCAACUGGUCUUCGGUAAUACUUUUCAGUGGCGAAAUGACGAGAAUCGCCGCAUUACCAUUUAGCUCGUAGUUCUUCGCGCAUACAAACAUUUGGUAAAUUAAACUCUUGCCGUAUCCGGUCCGCAAAACCGCCAGAACAUCUCUGUCGGCUAAAAGAGCCCUUACUGUUGAUUCUUGCUCUGGUUUUAAAACAGUUUCGCUACCACUAGAUAAAUUCACAUCUCUCAAAGCACUCUCUACGACAUCCACGUCUACCGCCGCCAUCUUGACUGUUUGUUGAUUUGUGAAACGCGCAUUUCAAUAUGUUACUCAUUACGGCUCAGCCAAUCAGGAAUUUGCAGACGCCAGCGUCCGCAGAUAUGAACAAAAGGGGGUUCUUAGAGCAGGCGUCCCCUCUCCCUCUUCCCAAUCCCCCUCCCCUUUUUCCCUUUUCCCUACCCCCUACUCCUUUCGACGCCUGCUACGCAGGCUAAAAAAAUGGCCGAUUUUGUGGGAUUUUCACGGAAAUUUUCAGGGUAAAUUUUGGUGAGAAAACAUCAAUAAAAUAUGGCCAAUUUCGAGGAUAUUUUCUGGGCAAAUUUUGCUAACAAUCGAUCCGUUUUGCGACAAUUUGACCAUCGUUUUUAACAUUUUUGAAACAAGGAUGAUCAUUUAUUUUUUUCAACUACAAUACCAUCGAGAAAUGAGCCAAUGGAAAAGUUUUUUGUGCCAUGGCUAGUGCCCCGUUUUUAGCAACAUAAUCUACGUCUGGUAGUUUGGAGAUGUUGUUGGCUCGUUUCUGUGAUGAAGUUUUAACAUAAAUUUGUAAGUUUACAGCAAGUAAACAGCCCCAAUAGCUGAGAUAAGUUUCAAGUAUGUCGUACAGACAUGUAUUUGGUGUAAUUUGUUGCGAAUUUCGUGGUAUUUUGGUGUAAAAAGGUGCAGGCAUGUUCUCUGUAAUCAAUUGACAAAAGAAUGUCAUGGUUACUUCUGUUAUCAAAGAAAACAGGUUGUAAAAAUGAAUUGGCUUAAAUGUUUUUAGUUAAUGCAGUGCUUUCUGUUUAUUUUUUAGCCAAUUUCACUGCAGGAUGAGGGUCAAAGUUUCAAUGGAGGCCCUACCCCAAAACGAACCCAAAUAAGUAUCUUACAGCGUAUUAACAUGUCUGCUGUCAAAGAAUUAAAGUUGGAUCCAUUGGCAGCACUGCAGCGCCUUACAAAACUAGAACAAGCUGUAAAUGUAACAGUUAGUAAGCUGUUAAGCUUUGUUACAACUUCUUGGAGGAAUCCAAAUAUUCUGAAACCUCUCCUAGCAGACAUCAGAGAUAUUGCAGGUAAAGCAAAAGUAGCCUUAAGAUUAUUGACGGAAUUUGGCCUUAGUUCCCUUGUCAAUGCAAGAAAACUUCCAAGCCAAGAACUAAGUGGGAGACUUAGCAGAGCAAUAGAGCCUUUACUAGAAACAUAUUACUCAGUAAAAUUGGCUUUGCAAAGGCUUGAUGGGCAAGACUGGAGGUUGCCUUUAGAUAAAACUGACAACACGCAUGAUGAUCUGGAUCUGAUCAUGGUUCACAUUCGGCCUGUUCCUGAGAAUACACAAGCCUUGGCAACAAUCGUACGUUCUGCAGCCACGACACUGUAUAAUUUGCCAGCCAAGGGGAGCAGAGACAAGCAAGCCACUAAGAAAUCAGAGGUUUUGAUUAACCCUGAGGAGUCCAAGACACACACACCAAAGAAAGAGAAUAUAAGUGGCCCUGAGAAGAGCAGUGAGAACUCAGAUGAAGAGAAACAAUUUACACUGAUUAAAUCUGUGGUAAAAGAUGUCGUUGAUACAAAUUUCAAGCCCAGAUCAAAUGGUGGAAAGUGGAGCCCCACAACUGUGCGCCGUGUUUGUGGAAUGAACACACCUAAAAGGGAUAGUGCUGGUGGGUCUGAUGAAAAUGUGGCACCAAACCUACCAUUACGUUUGCAAACCAGUAAAGAAAAAUUGAAAAGUACCAGCUCUGAAGAUGAAGUAAAAUCUUCACCACCACCUCCUCCUGAAAGAAGGGAUAGCAGUGAAAAGUGUCAACACCUGAGGCAAAAAAGUAUAGAGAAGUUUCCUUUUGACACUACAGGAGGACCUCCCCCAAAGCCAAAAUUAGAUAGAAAAAACACAACAAGAAAAAGCUACAAAAUUCCUUUGUUUACUGAUCAUAAUCGGGAUAAUGAAAACAUUUUACGCAGAGAGCAUAAUGAAUCUGAGUCAGAGCCAACAGGAACUAGACGAAAGUGCAAUUCUGAUCCAACACAGUUACUUGAACAGAAUAAGGAGGUUGCAGAAGGGAGAAGAAUGACACUGUCUUCAGACAAAAACAAGGUUGUUUCUUUGAUGAAACAGACAACAGUUCAUGUUUCUGAUUCUGAUUUACCGCAAAGCUUAAGACAAUCAAAGAGUGCGCACUCAUUUACAUCACAGUUUGGAGAAAAGGUCAAUUCUGGAUUUCCCAAGUUUGAGGCACUACAGCAUCGCCCUCUUUCAGACCUGAUAAAAGGUGAUGGUACCUCAAAUGGAGUUAUGGUGUCUUUGAAUGAUCGUGAACUUCUAGAGUUUUAUAAAUAUGAGAUUGAUGCACAGCUUUUUGUGCUUAGUGAGGCUGUAAAAAGUUUUUUUGCCGUGGUGGAAAAAGCAGAAAGUCCAAAGGUGUUUGUUUCCAACAGCAAGUUUAUUGUGUUGAGUGCCCAUAAAUUUGUGUACAUUGGUGACACUCUUGGCAAGAGAAUCAAGCAUAGCGAGUUGAGAGGUCAUGUGAUGAGUGUUACUAACAAACUAUCUAACUGUAUCAAGAUUUUAGUAAGUGCAACAAAGUCUGCGGCAUUGCAGUAUCCUGCAUCAAAUGCCAUCAAAGAGAUGAGUGAUGCUGUUGUUGUAGUGAAUGAUGUUGCUGUUGAGCUGUACCAGAUAGUGAAGAAAACUACAAAGGCCUAAUAAUAUUAUGAUGUAAUAGAUCCAGAGGUCAGCAUUAGAUCCCAUCAGCCUAAACCCCUUGGUUCUCUUACGAAGUUUACACAACAUAGUAUUCUUUUUUGCUUCCACUCUACACUUAGUUGAAAUUUCUACGUCUCUUGAAAAUUCUGCCCAGCAAAAGUUCAUGAAAGUUUGUAAGUCUCUUAAAUUUUUAAGGGAAAAAAAAUUCAGAAGAGGGUGAGUAGAAAUCAAACUUGGAGUGUAGAGUCUGUGGUCCAUCACCUACACCACAAGGCUACUGAGGAUUUGCUGGCUAGAGAUGGUUUGAUUCAAACCUAUAUAGCCAUAACCCUUACCCUAAAUAGAAGCUAACACCAUUUUCAGGGCUUAACCCUAAUCACCACGGUCAGUGCUUAAUCCUAAUUGCUAUUUCCAGUGCUUAACCCUUAUCAGUGUUGCUUAACCCUGAUUACUGUAGUCAUUGCUGGAAACCAAAGUGAUAAGGAAUACUAUGCUGUGUAAACUUCAUGAGAUGUCUGAGUAGGUUUAGGCUGAUGGGAUCUAAUUCUAACCAGAUCCAGAAGACAACAGUCAUAUCAGUUGUUAACAAAAUAGUAGCUUUUGCAGUCCAAGCAGUUAUGCUUCACUCAGGUGAACAACUUUAUGUGUUUAAACAUCAUUUUGUUCACAAUUUAAAGGGAAGCAGUAUGAUCCCAUUCAUUAGUGAUUUUACACAUUAAUUAUUUCUAAAAAACAGAUAGGCAUUUUCAAGUCUGUGAAUAAUGCUGCCUCCCCUGAAUGCUCUCCGCUGCUUGGGACAUUUCACGUUAUGUCCCUAGCAGCAAAAAGUGAUGAGAGGUGGCUGCAUGAUUGCAGGCUAGUUAUUAGGAAUUGCCACAUUUAGGAGUAAGUGGGGCAGACCAAAGAAGUAGAAUAAAUUAAUCAUAAAUUAAGGGAUAAUAUGACACAUUUCAAAUAUUUAUUGAAAUGCCGUCUUGAAUGUUCAGGCACAAUUUAUUAUUAACACUUCUUCUGGUUACUAAAAACUGUGCAAGCUAGACUGGUGUGUCUGGGCUAGACCUAAUGAAGAAGUUAAAUUCACACAGUAAUGACUAAUAUUUUACAAAAUCAAACCUAAUUGCUUAAAAGUACUGGGCCCAGUUUGAAAGCUGGUUAGUACUAACACGUGGUUAAAUUUUAACCUG